GAUUUAUGAUUUGUGAUUUAUGAUUUAUAUUGGAUUGUAUUGAUCGUAACCAUUCCAUCCAGUCUCUCCGUGCCAGAGAUUGGUUCGAUAAAGAAACAUCCCGCUCGAGCAAAAUCUACUGGGAACGCUGUGCCUAUACCGGCUCGUACUAUCGUUGGGAUACUUUACUCAUCCAUCUGCCUUAUAUUGCCUUCAUCUACAACGGAAAAGCUAGUCCGAUCAGACUCCCGAGCAUUAACCCCAUCCCCAUCUCCGCAAGAAACACCAAGACCGAAAGACGACUCAAAACAGAACAACAACACCAUAUAAGAAUAUCACCAAACCCCCCCUCCCCUUCGCCCCCCCCAUUGUCACCGUCCGCCACACACCUCGACAUCCUACAUUCUAUACAGCACCUUAAGCCGCCGUAUCUGUCCAUUCGUUUUUCGUCUUCACUUCUCCUUUCUCCUCCCUCGUUGCGCCUCCCGCCUCGAAGCUUUCCGUCCUCUACACUUCCAUAAGCUCCAGCUUCGUUGGAAAGUUCCGUUCAGACCUUCUGGCAAUUGGCAAAUUCAAUUCGACCCAUAUCUCGGUCAUUCUCGUAUUCUCUCAUCUACAGUCCUUCGUUCAUCAACAUUUAAACUACCUCGCAAUCAGGUACUCAGAACUAGAAGUCUUCGAUAGCCGCCAUCAGACCUUUCAUAUCCCUUUUUCAUAUUCGAACGUACAUCUUAACAUUACGACGAGACGCUCUCUCGGAGGCGUUUCAUAACCUUCAAAAUUCCUUCCGCAACCACCGCCAAGCUGUCUUCCCCACUCCUCCUCCCUCGCACAGUCUCUUACGACGCGAGUUCAAAUCCACCUCGUCCAAGUGGUCCAUAUCGAACAAUGAGUGAGCAAAAGGUUGGACGAAGGAGGCGGUCGAGCAGUCUGUUAUAUCAGGAGCCACCGGAGACAAUUGAGCACAUGAGCGAUCAAGCGGCAUUACCCAAUCUUAAUGCCAACUGGGUGAAUGCAAAAGGUGCCUGGACAAUACAUCUGGUUCUAAUCGCAUGCCUCAAGAUCCUCUUUGAUAUAAUCCCCGGUGUUUCCCAAGAGACAUCUUGGACAUUAACAAAUAUAUCGUACAUGUUUGGUUCCUUUCUCAUGUUUCAUUGGGUCCGUGGUGUGCCAUUCGAGUUCAACGCAGGAGCCUACGACAAUCUGAACAUGUGGGAACAAAUUGAUAAUGGAGCUCAGUACACGCCUGCAAAGAAAUUCCUCAUGAGUGUGCCAAUCGUUUUGUUCCUAAUUAGUACUCAUUAUACCCAUUACGACCUCACUUACUUCAUCAUCAACUUUCUCGCCGUUCUCGGAGUUGUGAUACCAAAAUUGCCUUACAGCCACCGAACUCGAGUUGGUCUAUUCUCAGCGCCAGAGGACAAUUACAGAUGAUACGAUAUGAUAUUUGAAAGUACAUCGAAGUACAUGAUUGCAUCCAAUUAGGCGUUUGUUUGUACGAUAUCUUGAGGCUUCACUUUUUUUUUCAUUUCAGAUAAUGAUGAGAAUACACUGGUUGACACAAAAGAAUCCCGGACCCGGUGAACUGUAUCUAGAAAUAGGGAUGGAGUUUAGGUACACUUACAAUUCUUGGCUAUCUUCUAAAAUUGUUCUA